AUGCUCGUCCAAAGCCUUCUCGUUUCUUCCUUCCUUUUGGCCUCUGUCCAGGCUGGACCAACCACUCCUGCACAGGGUCUGGCAAAGCGUCAGAGCAGCCUCCCUGUCUGCGACGACACUUCCAGGACCUACGAAGGUCCCUACACCGAUGGCGAAGGAACAUACGUCACUUCAGACCGAACCACCCAUCCUUACAAGUUUCCCAAGGUUCGCAAGUGCUGGUACGACUACUACGUCCUCGAGACCUCAGUCGAGCACACCCCAUGGCAGAAGGCAUCCGGUGACAUCUACUGCACCGGAACACAAACAUGCACAGCCACAAAGCUUGUUGGCAAGGAAGUCUGCCAGGAGAGGUCAGAGAGCGUCAGCGUCAAUGUUGGCGCCGAACUCGAGGGUAUCUCUCUGGGCCUCAGUUUCGAGGUUACAGACUCUGAGUCCAAGUGUGUCCAGGGCCAGGACCUUACUGCUUGCGCCUGGGAUGAUGGAGCUUGCCACACCGUCUGGACCCAGCAGCAGGUCCUUAAGCAGAAGGGAUACCGCCGCCAGCGAUGUAACUGGGGUAACGGUGAUGAAACUCAGUGCAUGGACAACUGGGAACAGACUACUCCCUCCGACUUUGUCGACUACGGCUGCGGUUCCAAGUGUACUGACACUAACACCUGCGGCAACACUGAUGGCACGCCCUGUUCUAAGUGA